AUGGCCACCGCUGUGGCGGCGGUCAUCUCAGCCCUGGCCUUCUUCCUCUUAGCAGCAGCUUGGUCCAUCCUAUCCUCCUACUACCUCACCCCUCGCCGCAUCCGACUAGCCAUGGAGAAGCAAGGUGUUCGGGGCCCCAAGCCUCGCUUUCUCGUCGGAAACCUCCCCGACAUCGCUGCCCUCAUCACAAAAUCCACCUCCGCCGACAUGCCCGCUAUCGACCACAACAUCGUCGGCCGCCUUCUUCCACACUACCAGCUCUGGUCCAAACUCUAUGGGAAGAGAUUUGUGUUCUGGUAUGGAAGCGAGCCGAGGCUUUGCUUAACAGACACAGAGCUGAUAAAGGAGUUUCUGUCGUCCAAGUAUGUGCAGAUUUCUGGCAAGUCAUGGCUACAAUUGCAGGGCUCGAAGCAUUUCAUCGGCCAGGGUUUGCUGAUGGCUAACGGCAACAAAUGGCUACACCAACGUCAUGUAGUAGCGCCGGCCUUCAUGGGAGAGAAGCUCAAGAACCACAUGGGCUAUAUGGUGGAGUGCACGAAGAAGACCAUCAGUGCACUGAGCGCCGCCGUCGCCGUCGCCGGCGGCAACAAAGAAGUGGAGAUUGGCGAGUAUUUGACUAGGCUCACCGGCGAUAUUAUCUCCCGGACUGAGUUCGAUAGCAGCUAUGAGAAGGGCAAACAGAUCUUCCAUUUCCUCACCCGCCUGCAAAGUCUCACUGCGCAGUCCAGUCGCCAUUUGUGGAUUCCUGCAGGCAGGUUUUUUCCAAGCAAGUUUAGGAGGGAAAUAAAGUCAUUAAAGAAGCAGGUGGAGAAGCUUCUAAUGGAGAUCAUAGAUAGCCGGAGAGACAGCAAAGAGAUCGGCCGGAGCUCUUCGUAUGGGAAGGGCCUUCUUGGAAUGCUUCUCGCUGAGACGUACAAGAAGGAAGCCUUCAGCUAUACACUCGAGCUAGUCAUGGAUGAGUGCAAGACUUUCUUCUUCGCCGGCCAUGAGACCUCUGCUCUUCUUCUCACCUGGACUGUAAUGCUCCUCGCCACCAAUCCUGAGUGGCAGGAGAAGGCUCGCUCAGAGGUCCAGCAAAUCUGCGGUUAUCAGCCUCCUACUGCUGAUCAGCUUCCCAAGCUCACUCUGCUGCAGAUGAUAAUAAACGAGUCCCUUCGGCUGUACCCUCCAGCAACCCUACUACCCCGAAUGGCCUUCGAGGACAUGAAGCUGGGAGACCUAAACAUACCCAAGGGCCUCUCCAUCUGGAUCCCCGUUCUCGCCAUCCACCACGACGAGGAGAUAUGGGGAAGAGACGCCCACAGCUUCAACCCGGACAGAUUCGCCGCCCGGUCCUUCGCCAUGACCCGCCACUUCCUCCCCUUCGCCUCCGGCCCGAGGAACUGCGUCGGCCAGGCCUACGCCAUGAUGGAGGCCAAGGUGAUACUCGCCAUGCUCCUCACAAGCUUCAGCUUCACCAUUUCAGAGAAUUACAGGCAUGCGCCGGUCAAUGUUCUGACGCUGAAGCCCAAGCAUGGCGUUUUGGUCUACUUGAAGCCACUUAGGAAUUAG